AUGGCGAAUAGUCAACGAGAAGAUAACACAAUCUACCUCACAGAGAAAGAGGCGGAACGCAUCCAGAACACCAUCAAAGACCGGUUAAAAAAGUGCGAAGAGCAGAGCGGCAAUGCAAAGGCUCCAAGAGACAAGUUGGCUGCUCACCAAGCGGCCACCGGUGCAGCCUUGAUGGCAGAUAUGGGAGGUGCGCCAGAUCCCGAUAUGCUGCAAACCCAAGGGAAGACAUCGACAACGAUUCCAGUCAUCGGAGUAGGCCGGCCGUAUCCGCCAUGCACGACCCCACUGUCAGAUUUGGAACCGAUGAAGAUGUCAGACCUCAAGAUGGAGACGCAUCACCGUGGCCGCAAACUGGUAGUCAAGCGCGAAAGCCCUGUAGUCACACUCGUAGCGAGGUCAUGGACUAUGGUUCAGAAUGAAGAUGGAAACGAUGCAGAGCGUCUCGAGAUAUUGCUGCAUAAAUCGCGGUAUAGCGAGGAUGUACUGGAGUCGACCAAACUUUUCAUCAUCAAGGAGCCGUACUUCACCCUCACUGAACAGGGCGAGCCUACACUACGCAUCGACCAUCCCUCAGACCUGGUCAUUUGCCAUGAAGAAGGCCCCAAGAGCUUCGAGGAUGCAGCAGCAGCAGAAAAGGCAGCUACAAGGUUCAAAACUCAAGGGAACAACGCGCUCAAAAAGCAGGAUCUCCCAUUGGCCCAUGAGAAGUACACAGCAGGUCUAGCGAUCGCAAAGCAAGACAUCUUAGCAGAAUCGAACCCCGAUCUAGCCCGCGACAUCUCCCGGAAUCGCGCAUACGUGAACCUGCUACUAGGCCGACUGGAUGAAGUAAAGACAGACGCCCGCGCCUCACUAACCGGACGCGAAGACCAAAAGUCCAAAGAACUAGACAGCAAAGCAUACUACCGCGCCGGUUCAGCCGCCUACGCCCAAAGCCACUGGGAAGAAGCGAAAGGCUUCUUCCUCGAGCAACAAAAGCUCACUCCCGACGACAAAGAUGCCAAACUUUCGCUCAAAAAAAUCGAAGCACGCCUCCGCGAAGAAGAAACAGGAGGCUACGACCUCAUGAAAAUCCGCACCAACCUCUCCAAAGCCCGCUCCCGAGUCGACGCCGGAAACUUCACCAAAAACACGCUCAUCAAAGACAGUCCCGGAAAAGGCCGCGGCCUAUACGCAACACGCGACCUCGCCACCGGCGACAUAGUAAUGUGUGAAAAAGCCUUCUGCGUAGUCUGGGGCCACGAAGAAGACACAUUGACAGCCAUGACAUACGACACGCGCGACGACCGAAUCCGCGUCGCACCCGUCGGUCUCGCAAAAGCACUCGUACAGAAAUGUCUGAACCAGCCUUCUCAAACAGAAAAACUGAUGGACCUCUUCGGCGACUACCAAGGCGAAGGCCCACAAAUCUUCAGCAACGAAGACGGUGCCAUCGUCGACGUCUUCCGCGUCCACGACAUCAUGUCGCGGAACGGGUUCGGGCCUGGAAGCCAAUUCGGCGAGGAAAGUGCUAGGAACGCUAGCACAGGACUCUGGCGACACGCGGCUUAUAUCAACCAUUCCUGCCUUUCCAACACGACGAAAGAGUUCGCAGGCGAUAUGAUCAUCAUCCGGGCGACCCAGCCCAUCAAAGCCGGCGAGGAGAUCUUCCAUCCAUACGACGCGUCGCUUGACUACGAGACCAGACAGGGGUUCUUGGAGCGGACAUGGGGGUUCAGGUGUCAGUGCAAGUUGUGCGAUGCGGAGAAGGAAGAUGGCAAGGAGGUGAGGGAUAAGCGGAUGGAGUUGGUGGGGGAGGCGGAUGCGUUUAUUGAUAAGACGCCUUGGGCGGGGGCGAAGAGACUGCAGUUGAGGAAGGCGCAGGGGAUUCUGAGGGAGAUGGAUAAGACGUAUGAUGAGGGGAGGUGGGAGGCGCUGCCUAGGAGGCAUACGGAGGGGAUUAGGGCGUGGUUGGUUAGGGCUAGUCCGCGGUAG